GUGAAAGUGAAAGGAGAGGGUGCGGAGCGAAGGAGCAGCAGAGCCCAGAGCACACAAAGCAGCCUUGCCUGAAGCACAUGUUAAUCAGAACAGAUCAAAGGAUGUGAUGUCAGUUUAUAGAGAAACAGGUCAGGCAGGCCCAGGUAGCUCAGGAUCCUGAUUAUUCCCAGAAGAAAGUCAGGUAUAGGGUUACUGCGCCAGCCAAGUCAGGAGGUCAGGACUUGCACAGCAACCGCGUCCCCUCGGCUCCUCUCGGGGGAAUUCAUCAUUGUGGCAAUGGGAGAGAAUGAGCCCAGUGCAGCCCAGCCAGAUAAGAAGAUGGCCUAUCACAAAGUGAACGCAGACCAGAGAGCACAGGGGCACUCUCCAUACCUGGACAGCGAUGAGCUGCAAGCCACGGCGCUGGAGCUGGAGUGGGACAUGGAGAAGGAGCUGGAGGAGCCUGGCUUUGACCAUUUCCGACUGGACAGUGCAGCCCAGCACCACCUGGGCAACUCCCAGAGCCCUGAACUCGACCUGGAGCCCAUCCAGCCUUCCUCUUCUCCAAAGGGAAGGUUCCAGAGGCUUCAGGAAGACCCUGACUACGUCUCCCACUACACGAGACAGGCGCCAAAGAGCAACCGCUGCAGCUUUCUGCGGGUGCUGAAAGUAUUUUGCACUGCUUUGAUUUUAUUUAUUUUUGGAAUUGUGAUAGGAUAUUAUGCACGCAAGAAAUGCCCUUCUCCCCCAACACCUCAAGAACCAAAUAAUCCUCAUAUCUACCAUGAAAUUCUCAAGGAAAUCAAAGCUGAAAAUAUUCGACAGAUUUACAGAGAUUUGUUAGAGUUCCCCAGAGAAGAUGAUGCAGAGGUUGCAGUGAAGAUCCUGGCUCAGUGGCGUUCCCAAGGCCUGGAAGAUGUCCGGCUGGUGAAUUACUCCGUUCUGCUUGACCUGCCAGGACCUUCUUCAAACACAGUAACUCUGCACAACACUGGGGAGUGCUUUUAUCCAAGUGGACAGCAGUGCAGCACAGACCCCAAAACACUUCACAGCCAAGACCUGCUGUACUCCUACGCAGCUUAUUCUGCCAAAGGAACUCUUGAGGCAGAGCUUAUUGAUGUCCAGUAUGGGACCAUGGAAGACCUGAUCCGGGUUCAAGCCAUCACAAAUGUGACCAAAAAAAUUGCACUUUUGAAGCUGGGACAAUCACCUUUACUUUAUAAGCUUUCUCUGCUGGAAGAUGCAGGGUUUGGUGGUGCUCUCCUUUACACUGAUCCCUGUGACUUGCCAAAGACUGCAGACCUUGCUGACAAAGCCUUUAUGGUCUCCUUGAACAGUGGGGGAGAUCCAUCCACGCCUGGGUAUGCCAGUAUUGAUGGAAGCUACAGGCAAAAUCGACUGAACCUCACCACACUGUUGGUACAACCAAUUUCUGCAGUGCUUGCCAGAAAACUCAUUUCCCUGACUGAGGACACUGCCCAAAAAGACAAAUGUACACCCCUCCAGCUGCCAGCUGCAGGCAAAAAGAGGAUCAGUCUGAACAUUCAGUCUGUCACAACUUACAAGACAAUUUCUAAUGUCAUUGGAUAUCUAAAAGGAGCUGUAUUUCCUGACAGAUACGUCAUCGUUGGUAGCCAUCACAGCAGUUUGAAGGGUUAUGGUGGGCAAGGCUGGGCCAGCAGCACUGCUGUCAUCACAGCCCUGCUCCAAGCCCUGAUGGCAAAGGUGCAGAGGGGCUGGAGACCUGACAGGACCCUGCUCUUCUGCUCCUGGGGAGGAACAGCCCUGGGGAACGUCGGCUCCUACGAGUGGGCUGAGGAUCUCAGGAACGUUCUUCAAAGAAAUGCUGUGGCCUAUGUUAGCCUCCAUAAUCCAGUCACAGGCAACUCAACUCUACACCCUGUUGCAUCCCCUUCUCUUCAGCAGCUGGCAGCAGAGAGCCAGAGCAUCAACUGUGUGGAAAAGGGCAGAUGUCCAGGAUCCAAUGUGAGUUCUGUGCAGAUACAGGGAGAUUCAGAUUAUUUCAUCAACCACCUCGGAGUACCUGCCACACAGUUUUCCUAUGAGGACAUCAAAGCAUCAGAGAAUUCCAGCUUUCUCUCUGAAGCUCUUUUUCCUGCACAUGCAACAAAAACUGAAGAGCUGGAUCCCUCCUUCAGCCUGCAUGAAACCAUUGCAAAGCUAACAGGACAAGUGACUUUGCAGAUUGCCACUGAUCCAGUUUUGCCGUUCAAUGCCCUCGACAUCGCGUUAGAAGUUCAGAACAGUCUGAAAGGUGAUGAAGCAGGCGUCCCUCAGCUGCUGGCAGUGGCCUCUCAGCUCAGGGACACGGCGGAGCUGUUCCAGUCGGACGAGAUGCGCCCAGCCAACGACCCCCAGGAGCGAGCUCCUGUCAGGGUCAGGAUGCUCAAUGAUGUGCUGCAAGGCUUGGAGAAAAGCUUCCUGGUUCACCAACCUCCUCCAGGACUUUAUAGAAAUAUUCUUUACAGACUGGAUGAUAGGACCAGCCAGUUUUCAGUACUGCUGGAGGCACUGGAGCACUGCAAACUGCAUCAGUCAAAUGAGACCGUUCAAGCAGCCUUGUCAAAGGUGUUGAACAACAUCAAUUCAGCUCAGGUUUACUUCAAAGCAGGGCUUGAUGUGUUUGAGACUACCUUAGCUGGAAAGAAAUGAGAGGAUUCUCUGCAUUCUAAGACAUUUGUUUACAACUCUCAAAACAAAAGUUUGAUCUGGACCAGAGUUGCUCUGAGGAUCAAAGCUUUCUCAGCCUUUCCUUCAGCUGGCGCUUAAAGGUACUGCGACACGUGGUUUAGGAAAUGUAAAACAGUAUUUUGCACUGUUCACAAUAUAUCUCAAAUGUCUGUUCCUGAAUGUAUAAAACCUAAAGAGAGGGAAUAACACUUCAGAGAUGAUUUUUGGAAGGACAUCUGCUGUAUUUUUGUAUGUAAAAUGUGUUUUUUAUGACUAAGAGCUCAGUCAAGCCAAGUACCAAGCACGUCCUGCGGUGUCUGACGCCCUGGGUCUGAGACAGCCCAGAUGUGCACCCAGGGGAGAGUUCCUCUGUCACAAAAACCUGACUCAAGUUUCCUAAUGUUUUCAGCAAGCUCAUCUUCUUCCUUACUCCAUUCUGAGUAAGUAAUUGAAGGAUGUGGUGUUUCCAUGGGUAUCCAGCACCGGAGUGGAAAUGCACAGAACACCUCUAUGGGUGCAAUCCAACACCUUUACUCCUGUGGAACAAUAAAUACCUCAGUUCUGAGAAUACAGACUAACUCUUAUUCUUCCAUUUCUGUAAGAAAAUAAAGAGUUGUUUUCUCUAAUGUUUCUUGGAGAGAAAAUUCUUGUGAUGAUUUCAAAUUAUUUGGAAAGUGUGAAUCGGGAAUUACACUUGCACAAAAAUUAUUUGAAUGUUUAUGUUAAAUGAAAGAACUGCUUAGUCUUUAUAAGGCUAGAGGCCUUACAAUUUUUUACAAAACAUUCCCAAAAUAUCCCACUUCAAGGUCUCUAAAUUUCCAGAGAGCUGUAAAUAAAAGCAAGACCUCCAAGUCCUGGGAAAAGUUGUGGGAUUCCAUCACUCUUAGCCACCAGCAGCUCUUCCAGGCUGGGUCAUUCCAUCAGACCUGGCAUACAGGACCUGGAUUGCUGUCAAAAAAGCAUGAGGAAAACUUACAUUCAUUCCUUGCUGUAGAAGCAGGAAUUCAAGUGAGGAGGCACAAGCUGGUGAAGCAUAUUGCAGAGCUAAAAUGAAAAUCUGUUUUUCCAUUGGUAGAAGGAGCUAAUCACACCUUUACCUGUUGGCCAAAGUAAUCUGUGAGUGAAAGGAUCAGGAGGUACAGUGUCCUCUGAGGGGAUGCUAUACACAUUUGAGAACUGCAGG